UCUUCUGACUGUUGAAACAUCGAGUGUGUCCACAUCGUAGCAUCUCAUCCAUCAUGAAGGUGUUGGCUUCUCUCCUGGCUGUGUGCGUGCUGGUAGCCGUGGUGUCGGCGGCCCCCAACUGCCCGCAGUACGACAGCUCCACGCCCGUCUUCUUCCCUGACGAGAACGACAGCAGCAGCUUCUACGAGUGCAGCAACGGCAGGUCCGUCCACAUGGCCUGCCCCACUGGCACCGUCUGGAACUCCAACAUCAACACCUGCGACUGGCCCCAGGCCAGGAAGUAGAAGGCACCGGAUGACUUGAUCUCUGAGAUUUGAUACAAUAUGACACGAACCUAAAAAUGAAUUAAAGCAGAUUUCACAUUGUUCUCUAAGGUAAUAAUUGACUUAAAAUAAAAAGAAAAAAGCAAAACAAAA